AUGACAACUAACAUAUUCUCUCUACUUUUCCUACUACUUGUUACCCAAGCCUACGGUGAAGAAUUCUACGUACAAGGAGGUGUUCAUUGUGAUCUAGACUACGAAGAUAACACAUAUACCAUCGGUCGUGUCCAAAUAUACGAACAUGACAGUCUACCCUUCGACCCACACGACUUUAUGGGCGAAACCACCCUGGCCGAGAACAGUUUCCAGAGAAUCUUUUUUUCAGAAUCCGAAGUCAGUGGAAUCACGCCAUUGGCCGUCGUUCUACACGAUUGUCAUCCCGUGCUACGCCGUGAACGGAAUCAAGUGAGAAAAAGUGGUUGCCAAGCUAUCACCGAGUUUUAUUUCCAAACGCCUGAAGCCGAUGGAGAUACAGUGGAGUUGUUGAUCGACUUGAGAGAUCAGUUGCCUAACCUGAUAUGCGGACAAAACGCCAAUCUCAUCUCGUUUCUCAACAACGAUGAUCCAGGUGAUGGGUUUAAUCAGACUGACGUCGGUAGUGGCGAAUUCGAGGGUUCUGGCCAAGAAUAA